AUCGCGUUCUCCUUCAUGUCUCCAUUUCCACACGCAGGCGACUUCAGCAGCCAGAUCGCGGCGAGGGUCCUGGAGCUGCCUUACAAGGGCAAAGCAAUGUCCAUGUUCAUUUUCCUUCCCUCUGAGGAUGGGCCCGGCGGCUUCGCCAAAAUGGUCUCUCGACUCGGCGGAAACAACGUGAGGGCAGCUACCAACGGGGAGUUACUCAACAGUCGACUGGUAGAGUUGCAGCUGCCCAAGUUCAAGCUGGACGUGAAAGUGAAGGGUCUUAUUCCAGCUCUCAUGAAUACCGGAAUCAUUGACAUCUUUUCCUUCGACAAAGCCAACUUUACUACGCUCGGGCCUCUGCGCGAGGUAGCCGUGGAGACGGUCAUCCACAAGGCCUUCGUCGAGGUGAACGAGGAGGGAACGGAGGCCGCUGCGGUGACCGCGCUCAUCGCGCCCGUCAGGUCCUUCAUCCAGCCGAUCCGUUUCCACUGCAACCGCCCGUUCCUCUUCCUCAUCAGGGACAACGGCACGCGCAGCAUCCUCUUCAUGGGGGCUUACAAGGAUCCUGCAACGGCUGCUUGAAGGCCUGCGAGUGUAAAAAACAGGAGUAAAGGACGACUGUGGAAUGGUGGCGGAUAAUCGAGAUGUUUCGAGGUUUGAAGAGAUAUCUUUAGUGUGUGGAAGGAAGAGGGGCGACUGAGAUUAGUACAAGUGUUUAGUGUUACGAAGAAUUUCAAUAUAAAAACCGGCAAAAUGCUCCGCUAUGAAAAGAUUGCCUAAUUCAGCUUCGUUUCAGGAACGCCGAAGACACAUUAAUCUUAUCCCAUAGAAAUAAAAGAUGGUUUUGAAGCCUCUCAACAGAAUCACUCCUGAAUAAACGUAAAUUCUAA